AGUCCGGUCCAUGACUAAGUGUGAUUGUUGACCGAGUCGGAACUCCAGUCUCCUAUGGCUAGUCUCGGAGGAGCGAAAAUGGAGAGCAGUGUUCAGAGGCGAGUGGAGGCUAUUUCUCGUCACCUCCUACUGAGACGACCUAAUCCCGUUCUUUCUCCGAUUUUACUAAAGGGUGGGCAGCCGAUAAAUGGUGAGGCUGAACCUGUGAUCAUAGGAGGUAUGGUGUUGGACAUUCAUGCCACACCUUCGAUGCCUGCAAAUCCCAGAACAACCACUCCUGGAAAGGUUCGUUAUGUACUUGGAGGUGUAGCAAGGAAUGUUGCUGAAUGCAUGUCCAAGCUCGGAACAAAGCCUUAUAUGAUUAGUGCUGUGGGUCUUGAUAUGGCAGGAAAUUUGUUGAUACAACACUGGAAAUCUGCUGGGCUGUCUACAGAAGGGAUUCGGAAGCAACAAGAUGUAGUGACUCCGGUUGUUUGCAACAUACUUGAUGUAAGUGGAGAGUUGGCAGCUGCUGUUGCGAGUGUGGAAGCUAUUGAAGAGUUUCUUACACCUGAGUGGAUUCAACAAUUCAAGGGCAAUAUAUGUACUGCUCCAAUAUUGAUGGUUGAUGCAAAUCUGAGUCCUCUUGCUUUAGAAGCUUCUUGCCAAAUUGCAGCUGAAUCUAACAUUCCAGUGUGGUUUGAGCCUGUGUCAGUUUCAAAAUCCAGAAGAAUUGCUUCAGUUGCCAAUCUCCAGCUAAUAUGGAGGUUUAUGCAGGUAAGUAUUGCUUCACCUAAUGAAGAUGAACUUGUUGCCAUGGCAAAUGCUUUGUCCUGUGCAAAUGUGUUUCCUCCAAUUGAAAGGGGGAAUAAAUAUUCGGCAGAGUCACUGUUCCAAAAGCUGAAACCAGCGAUCUGGCUUUUGCUAGAAAAGGGUAUCAGAAUGGUUGUUUUAACCCUUGGUUCAGAUGGAGUGUUCUUAUGUUCUAGAGGAGGGCCAACCGUCAAGAGAGCCAGUUUGGAAAGAAUUAAGGCAUUUGAUUCUUCUGGACGGCUCUAUAAGGUUGUGACAUCAAGCUGUCCGCCACAUUGGCAUGAUGCUACAGAUUUGGAAAGGGAUUCUCAUCUUUUUGCGGUGCAUUUCCCAGCCCUUCCCGCAUCAGUUGUGAGGCUCACAGGAGCUGGUGAUUGCUUGGUUGGUGGGACGCUUGCUUCAAUUUGUGCAGGUUUAAAUAUUAUGCAGAGCGUGGCAGUUGGAAUUGCAGCAGCCAAAGCUGCAGUUGAGGCAGAAGCCAAUGUGCCGGGUGCAUUUAGUUUGGCCACAAUUGCAGAUGGUGCGAGGUCAGUGUACUCUGCUGCCAAAGUUUUGUUCAAUCAACCGAUGCUGUAAAGCGUCAGAGGAUGUUCUCUAUCUCUGAAAUUUUCAUUCCUGUAUUUUGGUACCCUUUCUUGGAUUAACAAGACAACGGAAUCAAGAUGGACCGAUGCAUCAUGAGACCGAGAUCUCUUUUUCACAUAAAAUCAAGAUCUUUGUAUAUUGACACAAUUCAUCGUUGAUCACUUAUCCGGGAAAAAAAAAAACACUACCAUGAUGAUGAUAAUACUAAUAAUAAUAAAAUUCAUGGUUGGUUUUGCAAAA